GCCCGGCCAGCUGCGCGUCCCGGUGCCCGCGCCCCUCCGCCACCGCCGUGCUGCUCUCGAGCGCACGGAGCAUGGGCAGAUCCGCAGGCGCUCAGGUGCUGUGUGUUCCAGGGACUUGUGAACAGCGGUGACCGGCUGUCACGCCCAGACAAGACCUUUCUGGGGAGAUCGUCGUGCGUCCGCUUCGGCGCGGGUGACACUGCGGCGUGCUUGCAGGGUGACAGCCGCCCCGCGGUUGAGACCUCCUCUGCUCCGUGAGCCCUCCGUCUCCCCAUUCUCCGCUCAUUUGCUCCGCGGUUCACACCCGCAGCCUCCGGAGCGCGACGUGUGCGUCCCCAACCUGUGUCUUUUCCUAAGGAGCCUCCUCACUUCCGAGAUGCAAUGACAAGUUAAUAUGGGCGUCCACGCCACGGUUUCCCAGGAGAAGAAUUGCCAAAGGCGGCGGUCCCCGAGCUUCUGAACAGGCCGCCCGCUGCGACAUACGCGCAGGUGGAACCUGCUGAGGGCAGUGACCAGCCCGCCACCCCCGCAGGCGCACUCGCAGGAUUUCCCCUGCUCCCCGACCCGGGGAUUUUAUUUUUUAUUUUUUUCUCCACUGUUGGUGGGCGCCUCGCGGGCCGAGGCCCGGCGCCUGCUCGGCUGCCCGCGCUGCCUUUAGCGGUCGCCUCCGCAGCCGCUGCCAGGGACGUGCUGGGAAAACCGAAGCCCCGGGAGAAGAUGCCGGCCAUCCUGGUAGCCUCCAAAAUGAAGUCGGGACUGCCCAAACCGGUGCACAGCGCCGCGCCCAUCCUGCACGUGCCCCCGGCCCGGACUGGUCCGCAGCCCUGCUACCUUAAGUUGGGAAGCAAGGUGGAGGUGAGCAAGACGGCCUACACUAGCCAGCUCCCCCUGAAAUCGCAGGGGCUGCAGGAGCCGACGGGGGAGGGGCUCCCGUUGCGGAAAAGCAGCUCUCUGGAGAACGGGUUCGAUACCCAGAUCUACACCGAUUGGGCCAAUCAUUACCUCGCCAAAUCUGGCCACAAACGCCUCAUCAAGGACCUCCAGCAAGAUGUGACUGAUGGCGUGCUCCUGGCCCAGAUCAUCCAGGUUGUAGCGAACGACAAGAUUGAAGACAUCAAUGGCUGUCCAAAGAACAGAUCGCAAAUGAUUGAAAACAUAGAUGCCUGCUUGAAUUUCCUGGCAGCUAAGGGAAUCAACACCCAGGGGCUGUCUGCAGAAGAGAUCAGGAAUGGGAACCUCAAGGCCAUUCUAGGCCUCUUCUUCAGCCUCUCCCGAUACAAACAGCAGCAGCAGCAGCAGCCCCAGAAGCAGCACCUCUCCUCGUCCCCUCUGCCGCCUGCCGGCUCUCAGGUGGCCGGAGCGCCUUCCCAGUGCCAGGCUGGCAUUCCUCAGCAACAGGGGCUGGCCACUCCCCAAGCCUCGUGCCAGCCUCUCCAGCCAGCUUCACAUCAGCAAGCAAAAACACAAGCGGAAAUGCAGUCCAGUGCCUCAUCCAAGGACUCAUCUCAAAGCAAAAUCAUCCGCUUCACUCUGGGUCAGAAAAAGAUCUCUAGACUUCCAGGUCCUACCACAAGGGUGGCCGCUGCAGGCAGCGAGGCCAAAACACGGGGAGGGUCAGCCACUGCCAACAACCGACGCAGCCAGAGCUUUAACAACUAUGACAAAUCCAAACCUGUCACCUCUCCACCCCCACCGCCACCAGCAAGUAACCAUGAAAAAGAGCCAUCGGCCAGUUCAGCCUCCUCCCAUCCCGGAAUGAGCGAAAAUGUACCUGCGUCCCUGGAGAACAGCCCCGUCAUCCCCGUUAACUGCUCCUCAGCCAUCCCCCAGCCCAGCAUGACCUCCAAGCCCUGGCGCAGCAAGUCCCUCAGUGUGAAACACAGUGCCACAUCAUCCAUGCUCUCAGUCAAGCCUGCUGGGCCCGAGGCCCCCAGACCCACACCGGAAGCCAUGAAGCCUGCCCCCAACAACCAGAAAUCCAUGUUGGAAAAGCUCAAACUUUUCAACAGUAAAGGGGGCUCCAAGGCGGGCGAAGGCUCAGCAUCCCGGGACACAAGCUGUGAACGACUGGAGAUCCUGCCCAGCUUUGAAGAGAGCGAAGAGUUGGAGGCCGCCGGCAGGGCACAGCCUACCGCAGGCCCUGCAUCCAGCAGCCCCAAGAUUGCACUCAAGGGUAUCGCGCAGCGGACCUUCAGCAGGGCGCUUACCAACAAGAAGAGCUCCCCAAAGGGCAGCGAGAAAGAGAAGGAGAAACAGCAGCGAGAGAAGGAGAAGGAAAAAGAGAAGGGCAAGGACCUCACCAAGAGAGUCUCCAUGACUGACAGGCCUGACCUCAAGGAAGAUCCCAAGGAAGAGCUCAGUGGGGUGGCUGUGGCCGAGAUGCCAAAAAAGUCCUCCAAGAUUGCCAGCUUUAUCCCCAAAGGUGGGAGGCUCAACAGCACCAAGAAGGAGGCCGCGGCUCCAUCCCACAGCGGAAUACCAAAACCAGGAAUGAAGAACAUGCCUGGGAAGUCCCCAAGUGCCCCCAUACCUCCCAAGGAAGGAGAGCGGAGCCGAGGGAAGCUGAGCUCAGGGCUUCCCCCACAGAAGCCCCAGCUGGACAGCAGGCACUCCAGCUCCUCCUCCAGCUUGGCAUCCUCAGAGGGAAAAGGCCCCGGAGGGACCACUCUGAACCACAGCAUCAGCAGCCAGACUGUCAGCGGCUCCGUCGGGACCACCCAGACCACUGGAAGCAAUACUGUCAGUGUUCAGCUACCUCAGCCUCAGCAGCAAUACAACCAUCCCAACACAGCCACGGUUGCACCUUUCCUGUACAGGUCCCAGACGGACACCGAAGGGAAUGUCACUGCCGAGUCCAGCUCAGCGGGUGUGAGCAUGGAGCCCAGCCACUACACCAAGAGUGGACAGCCCGCUCUGGAGGAACUCACUGCGGAAGACCCUGAGGCUCGGCGGCUGCGGACCGUAAAGAACAUCGCGGACCUACGACAGAAUUUAGAAGAGACAAUGUCCAGUUUACGGGGAACUCAGGUUACACACAGUACGUUAGAAACUACGUUUGACACCAAUGUCACCACAGAGAUAAGUGGCCGCAGCAUCCUCAGCUUGACAGGAAGGCCCACCCCUCUGUCCUGGAGACUCGGCCAGUCCAGCCCUCGGCUCCAGGCAGGCGAUGCCCCCUCAAUGGGCAAUGGGUAUCCACCUCGAGCCAACGCCAGCCGCUUCAUCAGCGCGGAGGCAGGCCGCUACGUGUACUCCGCCCCCCUGAGAAGGCAACUGGCCUCCAGGGGCAGCAGCAUCUGCCACGUGGAUGUCUCGGACAAGGCAGGCGAUGAGGUGGACCUGGAAGGCAUCAGCAUGGAUGCCCCCGGCUACAUGAGCGACGGAGAUGUCCUGAGCAAGAACAUCCGGACUGAUGACAUCACGAGCGGGUAUAUGACUGAUGGUGGACUUGGCCUCUACACUCGUCGCCUAAACCGGCUUCCUGAUGGGAUGGCUGUGGUUCGAGAGACCCUACAACGAAAUACCUCCCUGGGCCUCGGAGAUGCUGACAGCUGGGAUGACAGCAGCUCCGUCAGCAGCGGCAUCAGCGACACCAUAGACAACCUCAGCACGGAUGACAUCAAUACCAGCUCAUCCAUCAGCUCCUAUGCCAACACACCUGCCUCCUCCCGGAGAAACCUGGAUGUGCAGACUGACGCGGAGAAGCACUCCCAGGUGGAGAGGAAUUCCCUGUGGUCUGGCGAGGACAUCAAGAAGUCAGAUGGGGGCUCCGACAGUGGUGUAAAGAUGGAGCCGGGCUCCAAGUGGCGGCGGAACCCUUCAGACAUGUCAGAUGAGUCGGAUAAGAGUGUGUCUGGCAAGAAGAAUCCCGUCAUCUCGCAGACAGGCUCGUGGCGGCGAGGCAUGACAGCAGAAGUGGGUAUCACCAUGCCGAGGACAAAGCCAUCAGCUCCCACAGGCACACUGAAGACACCGGGGACCGGAAAAACAGAUGAUGCCAAGGUGUCUGAGAAGGGAAGGCUGUCGCCCAAAGCCUCCCAGGUCAAGCGCUCCCCAUCGGAUGCUGGCCGCAGCAGUGGGGACGAAUCCAAGAAAACCCUUCCCAGCAGCUCUAGGACGCCCACUGCCAAUGCCAACAGCUUUGGAUUCAAGAAACAGAGUGGCUCUGCCGCUGGGCUGGCCAUGAUCACGGCCAGCGGGGCCACCAUCACCAGCAGGUCUGCCACACUGGGUAAAAUCCCCAAGUCAUCCGCCCUUGUUGGUCGGUCCACUGGUCGGAAGACGAGCAUGGAUGGAGCCCCAAACCAGGAUGAUGGGUACCUGUCUCUCAGCUCCCGGACGAACUUACAGUACCGGAGCCUGCCUAGGCCCAGCAAGUCCAGCAGCCGGAAUGGGGCAGGCAAUCGAUGCAGCACCAGCAGCAUCGACUCUAACAUGAGCAGCAAGUCCGCAGGCCUGCCAGUGCCCAAGCUGAGGGAGCCCUCCAAAACAUCCCUGGGCAGUUCUCUGCCAGGGCUCGUCAACCAGACAGACAAGGAGAAAGGCAUCUCUUCAGACAACGAGAGCGUGGCUUCCUGUAACUCCGUGAAAGCAAACCCAGCUACCCAGCCAGUGUGCAGCUCAGCUCAGGCCACUCUGCAGCCAGGGACCAAGUAUUCAGAUGUGGCCUCUCCCACGCUCCGCAGACUCUUUGGUGGGAAGCCUACCAAGCAAGUGCCCAUCGCCACAGCCGAAACCAUGAAAAGUGCAGUGGUCAUCUCCAACCCUCAUGCCACUGUGACCCAGCAAGGUAACCUAGAGUCUCCCUCAGGCAGUGGCGUCCUGAGCAGUGGGAGCAGCAGUCCUCUCUACAGUAAGAAUGUGGACCUCAACCAGUCUCCUCUAGCCUCCAGCCCCAGCUCAGCCCACUCGGGCCCCUCCAACAGCCUUACCUGGGGUACCAGCUCGUCGGCAGUGAGCAAGGAUGGCUUGGGCUUCCAGUCCGUUAGCAGCCUGCAUACCAGCUGCGAGUCCAUUGACAUAUCCCUCGGCAGCGGUGGGGGACUGAGUCACAACUCUUCCCCUGGUCCAGUCACCUCCACUAAGGAAGAUUCCCUGAUGCCUUUUGUCCGCACCAGCAGUGUGAAGACCACACUGUCGGAAAGCCCUCUCUCUUCCCCUGCCGCUAGCCCUAAGUUCUGCAGAAGUACUCUGCCCAGGAAACAGGACAGUGACCCGCACCUUGAUAGGAACACUUUGCCUAAGAAAGGACUCAGGUAUACACCCACCUCCCAGCUUCGCACGCAGGAAGACGCCAAAGAAUGGUUCCGGUCCCACUCUGCCGGGGGCCUGCAGGACACGGCGGCCAACUCGCCCUUUUCCUCCGGCUCUAGUGUCACUUCUCCCUCUGGAACCAGAUUCAACUUCUCCCAGCUCGCGAGUCCCACCACUGUCACCCAGAUGAGCUUGUCCAACCCAACGAUGCUGAGGACCCACAGCCUGUCCAACGCCGAUGGCCAGUACGACCCCUACACUGACAGCCGCUUCCGGAACAGCUCCAUGUCUCUGGACGAGAAGAGCAGAACAAUGAGUCGCUCGGGCUCCUUCCGGGAUGGGUUUGAGGAAGUUCACGGAUCCUCCCUGUCCUUGGUCUCCAGCACAUCUUCCAUCUACUCCACGCCCGAAGAGAAAUGCCAAUCAGAGAUUCGAAAGCUGCGACGAGAACUGGAUGCCUCCCAGGAAAAGGUGUCUGCGCUGACCACCCAGCUGACUGCAAAUGCUCACCUCGUGGCAGCCUUUGAGCAGAGUCUGGGAAACAUGACCAUCAGGCUGCAGAGUUUAACUAUGACUGCGGAGCAGAAGGAUUCAGAACUGAAUGAGUUAAGAAAAACCAUCGAGCUGCUAAAGAAACAGAAUGCAGCUGCCCAGGCUGCCAUUAAUGGAGUGAUUAAUACGCCAGAGCUCAACUGCAAAGGAAACGGCAGCAGCCAGGCUGCAGACCUCCGCAUCCGCAGGCAGCACUCCUCCGACAGCGUCUCCAGCAUCAACAGCGCCACCAGCCACUCGAGCGUGGGCAGCAACAUAGAGAGUGACUCCAAGAAAAAGAAGAGGAAGAACUGGGUCAAUGAGUUGCGCAGCUCCUUCAAGCAAGCUUUUGGGAAGAAGAAGUCCCCCAAGUCAGCAUCCUCACACUCAGACAUCGAGGAGAUGACAGAUUCUUCCUUGCCUUCCUCACCAAAACUGCCACACAACGGAUCCACCGGCUCUACCCCAUUGCUGAGGAACGCCCACUCCAACUCUUUAAUUUCUGAGUGUAUGGACGGUGAAGCUGAGACAGUCCUGCAGCUCCGGAACGAGCUGAGAGACAAGGAGAUGAAGCUGACGGACAUCCGCCUGGAAGCGCUCAGCUCCGCCCACCAGUUGGACCAGCUCCGAGAGGCCAUGAACAGGAUGCAGAGUGAAAUUGAGAAGCUGAAAGCUGAGAAUGACCGACUGAAGUCUGAGUCUCAAGGCAGUGGCUGCAGCCGGGCCCCCUCCCAGGUGUCCAUCUCUGCUUCCCCAAGGCAGUCUUUAGGCCUCUCACAACACAGCCUGAACCUCACAGAGUCCACCAGCCUAGACAUGUUGCUGGAUGACACUGGUGAAUGCUCGGCUCGGAAGGAAGGAGGCAGGCAUGUUAAGAUAGUUGUCAGCUUUCAGGAGGCAAUGAAGUGGAAGGAGGAUUCCAGACCACACCUUUUCCUUAUUGGCUGCAUUGGCGUGAGUGGCAAGACUAAAUGGGACGUGCUCGAUGGGGUGGUUAGACGACUGUUCAAAGAAUACAUCAUUCAUGUGGACCCAGUGAGUCAACUGGGGCUGAAUUCAGACAGUGUUCUCGGCUAUAGCAUCGGUGAGAUCAAGCGCAGCAACACCUCAGAGACCCCCGAGCUCCUCCCUUGUGGCUAUCUGGUGGGAGAGAACACCACCAUCUUGGUGACUGUCAAAGGGCUCACAGAAAACAGCCUAGACUCUCUGGUGUUUGAGUCCCUGAUCCCCAAGCCCAUCCUGCAGCGCUACGUCUCCCUGCUGACAGAGCACCGGCGCAUCAUCCUCUCGGGCCCCAGCGGCACUGGAAAAACCUACCUGGCCAACCGGCUCUCGGAGUAUGUGGUACUUCGGGAAGGACGGGAGUUGACAGACGGCGUCAUUGCGACCUUUAAUGUGGACCACAAGUCCAGCAAGGAACUUCGCCAGUAUCUGUCCAACCUGGCCGACCAGUGCAACAGCGAGAACAAUGCUGUGGAUAUGCCGCUCGUCAUCAUCCUGGACAACCUGCACCACGUGAGCUCUCUGGGCGAGAUCUUCAACGGGCUGCUAAACUGCAAAUACCACAAAUGCCCUUACAUCAUCGGCACGAUGAACCAGGCUACCUCUUCCACUCCCAAUCUGCAGCUACAUCAUAACUUCAGGUGGGUGCUUUGUGCCAACCACACGGAGCCUGUAAAGGGUUUCCUUGGCCGCUUCCUGAGGAGGAAGCUCAUGGAGACGGAGAUCAGUGGGCGGGUGCGCAACAUGGAGCUGGUGAAAAUCAUCAACUGGAUCCCUAAGGUCUGGCAUCACCUCAACCGCUUCCUCGAGGCCCACAGCUCCUCGGAUGUCACCAUCGGUCCCCGGCUCUUCCUGUCAUGUCCCAUCGACGUGGAUGGUUCCAGAGUGUGGUUCACUGACCUGUGGAACUACUCCAUCAUCCCCUACCUCCUGGAGGCUGUCAGAGAAGGACUCCAGCUCUACGGAAGGCGUGCCCCCUGGGAAGACCCCGCCAAGUGGGUAAUGGACACCUACCCAUGGGCUGCCAGCCCACAGCAGCAUGAAUGGCCUCCCCUCCUGCAGCUACGGCCUGAGGAUGUGGGCUUCGAUGGCUACUCCCUGCCCCGGGAGGGGUCAACGAGCAAGCAGGUGCCCCCCAGCGAUGCUGAAGGAGAUCCACUGAUGAACAUGUUGAUGAGGCUGCAGGAGGCAGCCAACUACUCCAGCCCCCAGAGCUACGACAGUGACUCCAACAGCAACAGCCACCACGAUGACAUCCUGGACUCGUCCCUGGAGUCCACUCUGUGACCGAGGCCCACACUUCUCCUCACUCCAUCCCGCCUGCAUCCUCCAUGUCGUUCUGAAGAUGACUUCCUGAGCCAGCCCUGGCUGCCACAGCCUCGAAGCCAGAGCAGAGCGGCAGGAAUAGGAGACCCUCAUCCCUUGCGCUCUGCCCUCGCAUGAGCAGCCCAGGACCUCUUCCCCCCUACAGUGACAGCUGUCCUCACCUCUGUUCUACUCUCAUGCCUUGUUGACGUGACCUCCGUGAGACCCUGAAGACACUUCACGGGAAAGGAUCCUCGCCGUUGAAAUAUAAAGAGAUUAAAUGAAAAUCUUAAAAAUAAGAUUCCACUUGGUGCCCUGAAACCCAACAGCAUCCCUCCACAAGCUACCACCCCCCCCCCCCCCCCCCAGAAAAGACUAAAUCCGACUUGGAAACACAGACAGCAGGGCUUCCCUCAGCACAGACCCGCCAGCUUGGGUCUGGCCACCAGCACCCCAGAGCCAUGUCACCCACCCUUCAUGGAAGAAUUGGUGCUAGUGAGGGCGCUUGCCUGGAGCGCCACCCAGGGACACCAAUACACCACAGUCUCUGUUUUCCACUUGGUGCUCGCCUUCCCGAGAGGUGUUUUGUCUGUUCCGAUACACCCCUCCCCUCCCCGCCCCCCCUUCAAGCCCAUCAGCCCAAUUGUCCGAGAGAGAGCGAGUGAAGAGGUGAGAAAGUGAGUGAGCGAUUGGGGCUAGCAACACAGAACAGGGCGCCCGUUUCCUCCGUCUGUCUAAACGGUCAGGUUUCUGUCCGCAAUCACUGUGUACUGUGCGAGUGGUUCUCUGGAGAACUCUCGCCCCCUGCCUGUGUCUGCCUUUCUACCUGGUUGAUUGUGAAGGUCCCCAUCCCCACCCCCAACCAGGAUCGGUCCUUCCGGUGAAAGCGAGAGCUGAAAAGUAGUUGAGCUGGGCUCCUCUUCAGCCCGGGUUUUCAGUGUCCAUCGUCCCAGUUCUGUGCCCUCGCCACCCUCUGCGGGGCUGUGGGCGUCCACGCGUGUCCUUGCAGGUGGAUGAGGACCAGCCCUCCUCCAGUGGGUGAGCCACAGGCCUUGCCUUUCGUUCUCGUCUCCGAGAGCUGGGAAGCCCACCUCAGUCACCCUCGCCCCCAGCUGCAGGAGGAGUUGAUGUGCGUCCCCUCACCAAACACUGGCCCUUUCCUCAGAACCAACCUGACACAGCUUCGCCAGGGAAGGGCAGCCACUCUUCCCAGAAGCCUGGUCCUGCCUCCAUCCUGAUGAGCCUUGCCUGACCUCUUUGGUGCUGACCCCCCCCCCCCAUGCAAUGCCUUACUGGUUUUGUACUGACCGUGUCCGUUCACAUGAGUGUUGUGCCUGCCCGGGGUUGUGUGUGAGUGUGUUCCCCAUCGAAGUAAGCAGGGCUAUAAGUCAUCUAUUCAUCAAGAGAACACGAGCUGCCGACUUCUCAUCCGAAAGACUCACCUGUGUGCAUGUAUGAUUGUGGGAAAGAGAGAGAGAGAGAGAGAGGGAGAGGGCCAUUUUUUUUAGGUUCUUGUCAGUCUCCAGCUGACCUCACUGGACAGUGACCCCACAAGUCCAUGCGACAUUGCCAAUCCAUUUCUAGGAGACAUAACCCAGUGUGCCGUGGCUUCAGCACACUGGGGUCCUCCUUUCCAGGUAUGGACACCUUUGAGGUCUUUGUGUUCUAGAAUCUUUCCUGGCUCCAGUGAGGGUGUCUCUGUUAACGAUCAGGGUUUUUAAUUCCAUCUUUUGCUAGUCUGUUCUUGAACGUUUGUCUUUUGGUAAUUUUUAUUAUUAUUAUUAUUAUUUUAAUUUUCUUACCCUAAGAGCUUGAGCCAAAACUGCUCACUUUGCUUGGAAUGGCACUGUUUUUCUUCCUUGUUGAAAGGAACGAGAGUGUGUCCUAUUAACUGGUAAAUAGAAACAUUUCCUCUCCCUGCUGUAAUCCCAGACUCUGCCUCCGCGAGCGCGUGGGUAUGAGUGUCCCCUGUUGUUUUGUUUGUAAUAAAACUUUCAAACCGUAUGUCUAGCCUGUGACCAGGGCCAAACCCUGAGCCUUCCAGUGUCCUGAAGGGUAGUCCUUCUCCGUCUGUCUCCCAGCCACGACCGUACACUCUCAUACUGUGAAUUUGGGAGGUGGUAAGAUCGAAGCCCUCCUGGUACAUAGUUUUCUCAGUCACCUUAGGAAUCCACCCUGCCAAUGUUGUUUGGAGCUGCUGUCUCCCCAUUCCCGAUGCCCCGACGUUUCUCUCCCCACACCCAGGUCCACAACAGAAACCCGUGUACCUGCUGCUGCCUGACAUAGUUACAUAGCCCAGCCCCGAGUGCCUCCCAGCUGGGCCGCUUUCCUGAAACAGUGGGAAGCGAGGCCGUCUGAAAGGCACAUUUUCUACCAUGUCAUGAUUUUACUUCCUCUUGCUCGACCUUGGACAAAGUGACUUUGUACUCCUUUAGGGCUCUGUCUAAAAUGCUUCCAUUUUGCCUUUUUCUAUAGAUAGGCUAAUUUUGAAAUGUAAGAAAUCCUAUGCAACCCUGAUGCUGAGGUACCCGUGGGAGCCAAAAGUUUUCUUCCCAAGAGGCCAAGAGUUCUACGGGCCGUCAAUGAGAAGGGAAGUCCUUUUAAUUUAAGGGUGGGGUGGGGUGGGAGUGUGACAAGGGCAAGACCUGCCCAGAUCUUCCUCUGAACUUGGGGACGUUUUAAAUUUUAUUGUUUAAUGCUCGGACUCUAAAAUUCUGUGUGCUCAAAUUUGACCAUGGCAAAUCUACUUCAAAAGCAGAAGAGUCCAACUUGCGGAUGUUGAAUGGGAGGUUUGCUGUCUUGACCUGCUUGUUUCAGGCCGAGCGCUUUAUGAAACAUGUUCUAUAAGAUGUACAUUUUUUUUUCAUUGUAACAUAGAAAUUGUAAAUAAUCAAUGAAACUGCUGCAUUUUGAUGACUUUUUUCUAGCCAUUUUUAAAGAGAAAACUAGGAAUUGAGUAUUUUGUGUACGGUAUGUUUCCAACCCCCCCUUCCCUCCCUCCCUCCCUUCCCCCCUCCCCUAUUUAAUUUUCAUGUGUCAUGAGGUUUUUGGGUUUGAGAACAAUCCGCUGGAGAUCUGCCCCAUGUCAUAGAAAAUAAAGCUGAUGAUUGUACCACUCUUAAAUUAUUCAUGAUUCAAUAAAGUUAAUGCUUAUUUAUUCAGA